AUGGCAACUGUCGAGCGUUCUUGGCCGUUGCUGGAAAACACACCAAUACCCACGGGCAAGCUGUCCUGGAAUUCCAUUGAUUCCAAUAGGCAAUCGUGGCCAUUGUCGAGAAGCCUGAUCGACGAGGUUUCUUACAGUGCAACUGUGCUGGGAUUGGAGUCGCCGGCUUGCGAAGAUGACUUAGACGAUCGCGUGGCGUUGGAGGCACAGAGUCUCGGCCUGUUGCCUUUUCCAAUCACUCCUGACAUCGAAGGUCUCACGUAUUCCAUUUCCACAGCCACCAUUGCCUCGGACUCGAUGAAUCAUAGUUCUGUCCAGUCUCAAUCUACCACAGCCACGUCUUGUGCGUCCAGUGAGCACCGUCCUGCAACGAAAGCCCCCGAGGUUACCGAGGGCGCGUCAACCGCAGUCUCAGAGUCGCCUUCAUUUCCUGGUGAGGUCGAACGGAAAAGAAAAUCCCCCCUUAGACGAGGUAUUCGGAAAGUGACAGGCUUUCGAAGGAAGAGAUCUGUUGCCAUAGCUUCUCCCGCCUUGUCCAGCAUCAACAGCGAUGGUGACUCUAGCAUAACGGAGGACUUGUCCGUGGAAGUCAAGAGUCCCUUGUCUUUCAAGUCUAGCAAGAGCUCAUGGUCUCAGCCCAUGCCCACUACAGCCCAGUAUGGAUAUGAACACUCAACCUCGGUUGAUGCAGUUGCCCUAAAGCGGAGUGUUGAGUGCGGCGAAAUGCUUCAACUUCGAAUGGCACAAUUGGACGAGAAGGCCCGGUUCCUGGAGUUUCAAGCUUCUAUGUUGGCGCAGCUUAGUUCACAAUGGGAAAAGGCGAGGGAGGAAAAACGGCGUGAACACGAACGGGCCUUGGCUGAGCAAUGCGCGAAAAGGGACAAAGCUGUGGAGGAUCUAGAGGCGCGCCAACUAGAGGAGGAGAUGAAAAUGGAGAAGGAGCACGAGGUUGAAAAGCGCACAGUGAUGGUGCGUCUCCGCCAUAUGGAAGCGUAUUGUCAGACCCCGACACCGCCUCCGACUCCCUCAAACCCGGCUUCUGCACGUCCGUCAACCGAUUCAGCACUGCCGGAACGCAAAGUCACAGAACGAGACUACCACAACCUUGCUCAACAGUACCGUGAGCGGGAUGCCAUGGACACACUGCACUCUGCAAAGAUUAACGUGUUGCGAGGCAAGCAGAAGAAGGCGGUCGAAAGGCUAAUGGCUAAGAAGGAGCGGGAACUCGAAGAUUUAGAAAAGAAACAGGAGGACGAGCUUGCAGGUAUUGAUCGGGAUUUUGCGGGCCAAGAAGCGAAUUUGAAGCUCGCUUUGAAUUCAAAACGCGCCAGACUUGAAACCAGAUGGAGGACUCAAGCCUUGAUUGCGCGGACCAAGAUGGAGAAAGCUACCGGACUUAAAUACGCCGCUUUGCCAGCGAUUGUCGCCAUUGACGACACUCACACUGCUGGUAUUGCGUUGUGA